AGUACCGACUUCAUGACGCAGCUUGACACCUUUCAACCCAGCGACGAUGCGCUGUUGGAUGCCCUUCUCGACCAACUCACCAUCGACUCAGAUGCAGAUCUCUCCGUCGUACUGACACGCAUAGAUGCGCUGCACACGGCGCACACCACCAGGGCUAAGGUGGAGCAGCGACAAACGGAGCAGCAGCGACAGCGUUCCGCCGACUUGCAAGAGAAAUGGGCGGAUGUGAUUUCUCGUAUGCCGCCUGAUAUCAGUGCCGUGGACGCACUGACCUCCGAAUGCACGCAGUACUUUCAAGACCUCCUCAACGCCGCCGAUCACGCGAGGACGCGCAACGGGUGGCGCGCUUCGGGUGCAGUCGCGCCGGCCGCGCACGUACCCGGGCUUGCGACACGCACCCUCCUUCCCCUACUGCUACAUCUUUCACAGGUGUCUUCAACGCCAGAGAAGGGGGAAAGCGACCCCAGCGCAGAGACAACGCGAUUAUUGCGCCGUGCGUACCUCCACCUGCUCCCUAGCGCACUCCGUGCAGCUGCGCCACCAGCUUCACCAGCAGUGACAGCCUUCGACCUCCCUUCGCCGACGUUGAAGGAGACAAACGCGGUGGCGUGGUACGGCCGAUACGCCAGCGACCCCGUCACGGAACAACUGCUGUCUCCUUAUAUGAGUGUCACCGUCGCACCGCUUGAGAGGGAGCUGCGCUAUCACUUUUGCGCUGGCCGUGAGACCGCCGCGCUCCACGAACCGCAGCACUUCUUUGCGUUUCUGUCGGACUGCGUGGAGCGUCAGCGGAGCAUCCACAAGGACUCGUGGGUGGACGUAUCCUCCCUUCCACAAGCACCGUCAUCGUCUUCACCAACCCCCACCUUCGUGCAGACCUCGCUCGCCUCUCUCCUGCACCUCCUCGACCAUCUUGGUCAGCUCGCCUUCAGCGCAGCAGCCGUGGUGGCUUUUCAGAGCUGCUACGGCUGGCAGCCGCACUCGCCGCUGUGGCGCAGCAAGGACUACGUGGUCGUCACUAUCAACGCAAUUUUAGACUUUGUCGCGCGCGCAGAAGGCCGUCUCUGCCGAGAGGCGACAGAGCUGCUUCUCGAGCAUCUUUUAACGGAGGAGGUGGUGCUGUCUUACGCACGCGCCGGAGAAGAGAUGGCAAACGCAGCGUUGGAGAACGGCGCUGCCCGGCUAUGGAGGCGGUCCUUCUUGGCCCUCAACGCCCCCUGCACGCCCUCUUCCUUAUACACGUGCAGCCUUCACAUGGUGCGCGCUCUCGAGGCGUUCCUGCGUCGUUUGCUGAACACCCUUUUCGUGGUGGAGUCCACCUACGCCGCGCUGCUGUGGCGCAAGACGGUGGAACCGGUCCUCUCGCACUUUCUGGAAGUGGUGGAAGCGCAUGCGGUGGCGGCGUUGGAUUCUGCCGAGGUCGAGGAUCGUCGUGAGGGACAUAGCUCGUGGAGCACGGUCUUGCAGCUGCAGUGGUGCGUGUCCAGUGUGCAGGUGGUGGCGACGGCGGCGGAGGACUGGCUGGGCAUGCUGCGCGAGAGCGUCACCUCCACCUCCUCUGCCGCCGGUGCAGCGACGUCCGUCAACGACCGAGAGGGCAAAAGCAGCCGAAAUGGAAGCGUCCUUGCGACGUCGGAUGCUCUCGAUGGACUCGCACUUUUCCGCGACAAGCUGGCAAGACGCGCCGCAGAGCAGGCAAAGGCACUGACGCGCCAACUCUGCACACACAAGUCCGCUGACUCGGCCCAAGCAGCGUCGCUGCUGCAUUCGUUAGAUGUGUUUCUGCAGCAACUGGAGACGCUGCCGGAAGGAUCGUCGCGGUAUGUGAUGCAGGCCGUCAUACAAGAUGUUAUGCACGACUUCCUUCCGCAAGAGCAGCAGGCCGGGCUAGCAGCGUUUACAAGUCGGAGUGGACUGCCGUGCGUUACUCGCCUGCUCGCCGCGUGA